AUGGACCCAACCUCGUUAGACUCGCUGGCCACACGCUGGGAUGGUAGUCGACUGUCCUCCUCGUCUUUCCCCCGACAAGGAUGGUCCCGUCUGUCUCCGUCCUAUGCGCCUCCCGCGGGCAACGCAGGUGCAGGCCCCUCCCACUACGCAAGCUGGCGGCACUUCGACUCUGCAGCUGACGACCCUGACUAUCGCCUUCGCGCCACUACUCUGCGUCAAAUGAACCAAGAUCCCCAUCUCCACUCCUCGUCUCGAGCUGAUCGGAGUAUCAGUAUCCUGCCCUCUGCACCUACUCAACCCGUCCUUGUAAGAGCGUAUUCUGGCAAUGCCGAUGACACGACGAGCCAGUCUUCGACCAUGUCUCCUCGCCGGUUCUUCCCGUUCACGGGCUCGAAGACUCCAGCUUCCUCCCGUCCGUCGGGGCCGCCGCUCCCGGCUGUCCAGGAUUUCAGUAUCGAGAGUAUACUGCAGGCCAUCGAGCCCGAUAUCCGCGGUACACUGGACUCGAUCGCCGAGAUCUGUGGACGCAGCAAACUGAGCCUAGCCAAUGAAUAUGAAAGUCAUAUUGCGCCCUUGGGGGAGAUUCGGGCUCCGCAGGGUGGCUUAGGGCCGGUCGAGGAAGCCAGUUCGAAUGAUGAACGGCGUGCCGAUGAGGGGGUGGUAAUAUUUGACGAUGAUCCUAGCAUGAUGAAUGCGGGCCAGGAGAUUCAUCCAUUCUCUUUCUACCGGUACUUGGAAAGUCUUCGGCAGGCUGCGUCUGCGCGAGAGCGCAGUGGUGCCUCGGGCUUAGAUCUAUCAGCGCGGACACAGAUACAACAGCUUCCGAUGCAGCCGGCGGCGGCUCAAGUCAUAGAUGCUCACAUUCCGCCGGCCACUCGUGAGUUUGUUUCUAGACCCCAAACCGGCCGAGAUCUGCUAGCAAAAACCACCACUGCCAAACGUGAUGGCGGCCACUCAACCGACGUCACCACCCCUGCUGUAGUCUCAGAAGCACAUGUUGAUGCACAGGCAGCCAGUCUGGAGACUCCGAAUGGACCACAGCCCCCCUUACCUGACCGCCCUAACUCUCCCUACAUUACAGCACCAAAGACAUGGUAUGCGCCAGAAGCAGUUCGCUCUGUACUUGGUUGGUUGAAGUGGACUGCACAUCUAGCUGAGCCGGAGUCUCGCCCGGCCCUGCAGUCCGCGGAGAGUCGACUGCGAGCCAUGCUCGCACGAUCCCUUGAUGAGACUACCAUUUGA